UCCACACUCGUUUAGCGGCCAGUCUGUGGCUUCUUGCGCGAUCCUAGAGCGGCAUAACAGAAAAACAUAUUUCUCAAAUUCUCAUUUUUAAAUAUUUUGAGAACGUACUAGCUUCUAUAGUCACAGACAACGGCGGUCAACCAAUGGCAGUACAGGAAUUCAUCAGUAUUAUAAAAUACACCAAUAGUAGGAAAUAAUUUAAGACGAAGAAAACAGACAUUUUCAAAUACACCGACAUUGCUGGACCAAUAGGCAACGGACAGAUAUUUUUAAUUAUUGUAUGGCAAAUUGACAAGUGCGCGGGGUGUCUGCUAUUAUUCUAUACGUAUUUUAUGGAUUCUAUUUAUUUACGUUCAAUUAGACAUUAUUCGGCUACUAAAACAGAUAGACCUAUUAAAAGUAUCAGCGAAACAUUUGUGAAAUUACUUGUGAAUAGUGUGCGUCAUAAUUAUAACUGAUAAAGAUAUAUAGCUAAUAUAGUAUUAUCUAACAGUGUUCUCAUAUAUAAUUGGAUGAUCAAAAAUGAUAGGAGAUAACGUGACAUUGAUUGUGAAGGCACCAAACCAGCAGAUCGAGGACCAAAACAUAGAGUGCCAGACGUCCUGGACCGUGAAGCAAUUAAAGGGACAUCUCUCCGUGGUAUACCCAAGCAAACCGAAAGAAGAUGAACAGAAAAUAAUAUACUCCGGACAACUUUUAGACGACAAAACAAUACUCAAGGAUGUUCUGAGGGACUACGAUAAUCAGAUCGCGCAUACUAUGCACCUAGUUUGCUCCAACAAGAAGAUGAUGGAACAAAAGCAAGAACUACCUAAAACUGACGGCUUACGCCAAAGACACGUCACUGAGAACGUCCCACCUCCAGCGGAAACGCCGACGUCACGGCCAGAGACGAGGCAAAAUGACCAGAACCACACAGUUGAAAUGCAGAAUUACCUUAAUUCAUACUUGAAUAACUACGGGAGGGUACCCCCAUAUCCAAACUACAAUCUUGGAGAGGCGUACCUUCCAGUACCAAAUGACCCAGCUUCCAUGGCAAAUCACGUGCUUAUGGUGCAGCAGGCAUAUAUCCAGUAUAUGCAACAGUAUAAUAAUAUGCGCCAGACCCUGGCGGAGACGCAGCCGACCCCGCCCCCCGCGGCGGCGCCCCCGCCCCCGGCCGCCGCGCCCGAGGCCGAGCCGGAGGACGGGCCGGCGCACGACUGGCUCGACAUCCUGUACUUGGCCUCCCGCUGCGGCAUACUGCUGUCGCUGUUCUGGCUCUACGGCAGCCCGGCGCGCCUGCUGCUCGUCGUGCUGCUAGCCGCGGCCGGCUACUUACACCAGAUCGGUUUCUUCCGCGACCUGCACUUGAACCCGAGGAACAACCAACCGAACCAACCGAACCAGCCAAACCAGCCGGGUCGCAACCAGCAACCCCAGAAUAACGAGAACCAGAACCGCGAACCAACCGCUCGUCCCAACAACGAACCGCCAAAUAACGCUCAAGGCAACCAGCAAUCGUUACUCGCUGUCACCUGGAUGAUAUUCACGACGUUCUUUUCUUCGUUAGUACCCGAAGCCAAUAACUGAAUUCCUUUAUUAUAAGUGUGAGUUAGACCAGGUUAGUAUUUUACUAAGAGGCUCAUAAUAGGCUUGUAGAUAAAAUAGUGAUGUGUUCGAUAUUUAAAAAAAAUUACGAUAUCUUUUUCGCGAUUUUUAUAUAUCCCGUAAAAAAUCUAAGUAUCCAAAACUAUACCACCAGUGACACCAUUAUUGCCACUUACAUAAAUCACUGGAAUUCCGAGUCAUAGACAGUUUAUAUUGUCUAUGAAUUUGCUUACCGAUAUCUAUAUUCUUUUGUAUAAAGUAUUGAAAUCGAUUCCAGUAUUUAAUACGAUAUAAUAUAUCAACUAUCACUAUUGGCUCUUGUUGCAUGUCUAGCUCAAAAAGCGGCUAUAAAAAAUGCCGCAUCUCUCGCAUAAAACGGCGACAUGACAGCUACAGACUUGCGCCUGAAACCGUUAAAAAAAAUUGCUCAUUGAUUCCAUUUGUAAAAAGACGUUUUCUUGGUUUUUUUCAAUAACGAAAUGUUCAUAGUUUCGAUAAGAGACUGUUAACAUAUAGUAUUUUUUAUGUGCAUGCAUCUCAAACUGUAGAGUAUUUUAAUAAGAAGCUCAUAAAACAUCUUAUAAAAAUCGGCUAUAAAAAUUGUUCAUUCACUAAGUCACAAGUCUAUAAAAUAUAGUCUAAUAAGAGAAAAUCCUAAAGUUUAGGGGACUCGUAAACUUACACUUGACAGUUUAAAAAAAAUUAAAAUAAAAAAUAAAUACAAACACAACACACCACACCUUGUGGCAAGAACCAUAGACAAGCGAGAUUAUAAUAUCUAAGUUCGUAAAAUCGAUUGGUGAAAGGUAGAUGUAUCCCUAGGAAUCUUCUUUGCAUUCUUUGAAUAGGCGUUACUUAGGCAUUACCUUGCCCGUCGUUAGUGAAAACGGAUUGUAAUGUCCGAUUUUUAUUAUACGUCAAAAAAAAUUUAAAAGUGUUAGAAUGCACUUUGCUUGCUUUAAUAUUGGGUCUCUAAAUUGCCUGAAAUCUUUAUAAAUAGGAUUUAUGGGCAGCCAUUGAUUUUGGUGUCACCUUUAGUGCGUGCUCAUUUAUAACUAGACAGCUACUAUUUCUA